UGGCAACCCCGCUUCUAGUUUUCCCCUCGGUUCGAAAACACACAAUAAAACUAUGCCUGGCAACAUGGACUAUGAGCUGAAUCCUAACAUCUUAUGUGCUGAGAAUAUCAGCUUUCUUUUUCUCUUACACGGUGUCCCAAGUAUGCCCAAGACCUCGCCGAUUGACAAAGAUCAGAUACCCGAGGCGGGAUACAAUUUGCCGUUUGACAAAGAGCGGGGACUAGCGAGUACCCUGGCUUUCCUUUCCAGUAUUCGGGAUGAUCCGAAUCGAAUUCCUGCUUUAUGCAUCGAGAGUAUUCCUGGCGUCUGCGCUUUGAAAGUUCACUUGGCAGUAAAUAAGAAAGGUUUUGAUGACAGCAACACCGAUCUACUAGAAAUGAAACUCGCGUUGAGUAGGAUACUUGCGUCACUUUCGCAGCAUACAGAGACUUGCGAUACCUAUGAUACGAUUGAGGAUGUCUUUCGCGUGAUUAUAGAUGUCUGUGCCGAACGCAUCCUCAGUCGUCUUCGUCUACGUCCAAGCAAUAAACAAAAUAUCAAGAAACCGAUGAUUGAAACUCUAAGUCAGACUGUCGAUGCUCUGAGAAAACUUCACCGAAAACAAUUGGAUCCAAGAGACUUGGUGGAGUCUGCAUCGACCUUCGAAGUUAGGGCGAAUGAAGCUGUCAAGCUCAUUACAGCAUGGACCAAGCACCAAACAACUACUCGAUUGAGGGAACUCGUGAAAGGAGUCCAUAAAAUGUGGACGACGAAUAAACUCCAUGAGCUACUUGAUUGCAUCCCAAACAAUCUCAUAGACCCCAGCUUGAGAAUCAGUUUGUAUAACAUCAUCUGCAAAGUGGCUAGAUAUAGGGAGGCGGCUAGAUACCUUUGUCGCAUGGCUAAGCGUUACCCGGCCCUCCGAAGAGCAGAAGUUGUUUCUGUCACUCUUCAGCGUCAAAUGUUCGCCAGAGUAGAAGUCAAUCACCACUCGCCUUCUUUAAGUACUACAUUACGCCGGAUUGCCAGCAAACACCACCUUUCUGCCAAUUCUGAUAGGAUGUAUUCUUUAUUGAAGCUUGGUAAAGACGAGGCUGAACACAUGUUCUCGGAUCAGGUACGGCGAGCUCUGAAAGGAGCAAAAAUCCAUGCCGAAAUCCAGUUGUUCUACCACAUUGAAGCACUUCGCUUAACCCGACCACCACGCGUCGUAUGUUCGAGCAAGGAUGCUUGCUAUCUUUGCGACUACUUCAUUACCACCAUCACGAAACUUCACAGUCCAAAAUGUCACGGAAGACUUUACCCUGGCUGGCGUUUACCAGCGUCAUCAGUGAACGACGAAACAAUGAGGAAGUUCAAUCAUGCUUUAGAAGCGAUGGCCGGAAAUAGUGUUAGAGACUUAUUCAGACAGCAGAGGAAAUUCAGAUUACCGGAUCCCCUAGAAAGCACAAUUCUCACAAUUAGACGAUCGGUUUCAACGUUAGCUUCAGUGUUAACAAGUCCAAAAGCCGUGGAGACGACAAGCCACAAUACCACCAAUACAUCUCAUAGAAGAAUGACCAGUGAGGACGUGAAACAAAGUAUAGCUACUUUGCCGACUGGGUGCUCAGAAGCUGCUGGGUGUAUUCCAGAAUAUUCCGUUCCUGUAGACGAUACAGCCUCGAUCAUGGAAAUCGCUACACCAAUGGCAACCGGCGAUCAAAUCCAAAUGCUACCGUAUUCAGAUAGUGAGGGCGAAACCUAUAACAAACUAGGGAUGAAACCCCAACGCAAACUAAUCGCUGGUUGCGUUCCCUCGGAUGAUGCGACGUGCGUCCGUGUUGGUCCACUGAGACUCUAUGUUGAAUAUUCGGCGUUUCACAAUGGGAACAAGGAGUAUCCCCACAAUCACCUAAAAUUUGAUGUCGAGUGGAUGACUGAUAUCAACGACGAACUAGUCCAACAGGACGGAGAAUCAUCUGUGAUUGACAUUGAAAAAUCUACAUACACGGCAUCACUCCCCCCGAAUUGCUUGAACCAAUUAGAUAUAAAUUAUAGGGGCCAAGUUUUUAAAGUUAGACUGCACCCUUAAGAGAAGGAGAGAAUUACAAGGACGAGUAGUCAGUAGUUUUUAUUACAUUACUGGGCCUGGGGGUAAUCAAGGAAAUGGCAUGACAAGAUAUUGACAUCCACACAGUCAGCUCAGAGGCGUGUUACAUUAAAGAUCGCUAGUAGUACGUUUAAAUUUAGGAGCGUAGAAGAGACUUAAAGUCCUCGUUGGAUGAUGAAUGUACAGAGUACUGAAGCACUGAAUCGAAGCUACUGUGGCUUGUUGUGGCUGAGAUAAUUCCGUAUUGGGAUUGGCUAGACUGAGGGAAGUAUUUCUCUUGUUAGAGGUUACAACCCCAG